AUGACAAUACAAGACGUAUCUAUUACGCAGCUGAGGGCUGACGCAGAUGUUGCGCGCGCGCCGAAACUGGAGAGAGGAGCGCGCGCGGCCAGCGGGCGACGCGGCCACCACCCCGCGCGCCCUCUAGACCUACACACACCCCUAGGCACUGCACUAUAUACGGUCGGUCAUGAAAAAUCUUGCCCAUUUGCUGGCUGUCCCUAUCAGCGAUCGAGUGGUAACUUUCAUCUCUCUAGUAGCCGCGGUCACACUGCUCUCGCGGACGACAGUGAAGCUAUUUGCUCGUUCCAAAGUGUAGAUUCCUAUGGAGAAGACCGAGCAAGAAACUCCAUGCCUAUAAUGUCCCACUGCUGGGCAAAGGCCUCCCCAUCUCGCUUCCACACCUCCGAUCUUUCGACCGUGUCCACCAGUCUUGACGAUAGGCGUCUAAAUCGUCACGCCAUCUUUUCCGGGGCCUACCCCUCCAGCGGCAUCCACCCUGAGAUGUCUACUGGUUGA